CGCCUGCGCAGUGGAGCUCGGCGCUCUCGUCUUGUGCUUGUGUGAGGUCUGGGUGGCCGGCUGUGACCCCAUGGCGGACCCCCGGGAGGAAUCGGAGCCCCUUCUGAGCCGGACCCGCGGCGGCAGUGCCCGCCAUUUCCCGGCGGGCGUACCCUCCUGUCACAGCAUCCAAGUCGGCCCUGGUGCCGUGGCCAGGCGGGAUCUGUGCUUGGACCAGGCUGUGGUGUUCAUCGAAGACGCCAUCCAGUAUCGCUCCAUCAACCACCGCGUGGACGCCAGGUCUCUGUGGCUGUACCGACGGUACUACUCCAGCACGAGCCAGUGGACUCUGAGCUUCACCAUUUUCUUGAUCCUGGCUUUGGCUUUUAUCGAGACCCCCUCGUCACUCACCAGCACCUCUGACGUGCGCUACCGCCUGGCCCCCUGGGAGCCGCCCUGCGGCCUGACCGAGGGCGUCGAGGCACUCUGCCUGCUGGUCUUCGUGGCCGAUGUCUCCGUGAAGAGCUACCUGGUUGGGUGGGCCCAGUUUCGGAAGAACCCCUGGCUGCUGGCCUACCUCGUGGUGCUGCUCGUGUCUCUCGUGGACUGGACCGUGUCGCUGAGCCUCAUUUGUCAGGAGCCUGUGCGGGUGCGCCGGCUUCUGCGCCCCUUCUUCCUGAUGCAGAACUCCUCCAUGAUGAAGAAGACGCUCAAAUGCAUCAGGUGGUCGCUGCCAGAGAUGGCCAGUGUUGGGCUGCUGCUGGCCGCCCACCUGUGCCUCUUCACCAUGUUGGGAAUGCUGCUCUUCCCCGGCGAGAAGGACGACAGGCGGGACAGGCAGCGGCUGACCUACUUCCGCAACCUGCCCGAGGCUCUGACCUCCCUCCUGGUGUUGCUCACCACCGCCAACAACCCUGAUGUUUCCCUUCCCUCUCCGACUUUUUCCCGUUUUCUUCCCUUUUCUUCCCAGUUUUCUUUCUCUGUUCCGUUCUCCUCUUCCCCUUGUUGUCUGUGUCCUGAGAAGCUAGAGGUGGACGGUGUUCUUUGUGUGGUGAUGGAUCAAGCUGUGCCCAGCGGGGCCCUUGGUGGUCUCCUCUUGGCGGCGCAGCCGUGGGUGAUGAUUCCUGCCUAUUCCAAGAACCGGCUCUAUGCCAUCUUUUUCAUAGCCUUCACCCUGAUAGGGAGCUUGUUUCUGAUGAACCUGCUGACGGCCAUCAUCUACAAUCAGUUCCGGGGCUACCUGAUGAAGUCUCUGCAGACCUCACUGUUGCGGAGGCGCCUGGGCAUCCGGGCUGCCUACAAGGUCCUCUCGUCCAUGACGGCAGAGGGAGAAGCCCACCCCGAGGGAGUCGGGGUGAAGCCCCAGGACUUCCUGCAGGUGCUUCAGAAAGUCCAGCUGGACAGUGACCACAAACAGGCCAUCACGGAGAAGCUGCAUUCCCGCAGUGGGGACCUGCUGUCAGCUGACGAGUUUCAGAAACUCUUCGAUGAGUUUGACAAAAGGGUGAUUAAAGAGCACCCGCCGCGGCCCGAGUACCGGUCUCCGUUUCUGCAGAGCGCCCAGUUCCUCUUCGGCCACCACUACUUUGACUACCUGGGCAACCUCAUGGCCCUUGGAAACCUCGUGACCAUCUGCGUGUUCCUGGUGUUGGAUGCACAUGUGCUGCCCAAGGACCGUGACGACUUCGUGCUGGGGAUUCUCAGCUGCGUCUUCAUCCUGUACUACCUGCUGGAGAUGCUGCUCAAGGUGUUUGCUCUGGGCCUGCGGGGGUACCUGGUCUCCUCCAGCAAUGUGUUCGACGGGCUACUCACCGCCGUCCUGCUGGUUUUGGAGAUCUCAACUCUGGCUGUGUACCGCUUCCCACACCCGGGCUGGAAGCCGGAGGCGCUGGGCCUGCUGUCGCUGUGGGACGUGACCCGGCUGGUGAACGUGCUCGUAGCCUUCCGUUUCUUGCGCAUCAUUCGCAGCGUGGAGCUGAUGGCUGUGGUGGCUAGUACCGUCCUGGACCUGAUCAGAAACAUGCGGGCUUUCGGCGGGAUCCUGGCGGUGGUCUACUACGUCUUUGCCAUCGUCGGCAUCAUCCUGUUCCGAGGUGUCAUCGUGGCUCCUGGAAACAGCAGCCUGGCCCCUGACAACGGCUCCGCGCCCUGCGGGAGCUUCGAGCAGCUGGAGUACUGGACCAACAACUUUGACGACUUUGCCGCCGCGCUGGUCACUCUGUGGGACGUGAUGGUCGUGAACAACUGGCAGGUGUUCCUGGACGCCUUCCGGCGCUACGCAGGCCCGUGGUCCAAGAUCUAUUUUGUGUUGUGGUGGCUGGUGUCGUCCGUCAUCUGGGUCAACCUGUUCCUGGCUCUGAUUCUGGAGAACUUCCUUCACAAGUGGGACCGCCGCAGUCACCUGCAGUCCCUCACAGGGGACCUAGAGGCCACCUCUGAGGUGACCGUGGAGCUCCUGUUCAGGGAUGUCCUGCAGGAGCCCACGGAGGAAGAGCUGGCAGAGAAGCUGAGCCACCACCCGCACCUGCAGCUGUGCAGGUGACGUCCAGACGCCUUCCUGGCUGGGGCGGCGGUAGGUGAUGCGGCCUCGGGAUGGGCGCUGGCCGGGGGAGGAGGCGGCCGCGGCGCACUGGAGAGGCUGCUCCCUUGGGCAGAGCCACCGUGCGUGCCGACGCUGGGACACACGCAGGCCCUGGUUUGCAGCCGAGCUGGACCACCUCCACGGCCCCUCAGGCGCCGUCCGCGCCACCUUCUUUUUAUAAGCUGCUUCCCUGAGACUUAUUUUUCUAAAUAUUGAAAGAGGGUGACUGGGAGGGAGAUGCAGUGGCCCUCCCCCUGGGCCCUGGGAUUUCCGUGGUGCCUUCACUGCCGGUGGCCUUCAGGGACCAGAGGCCCACGUGGGGCCCGCACAGGCCAACCGGCAGCUUUCCAGGGCGUUAAGCUUGGGAUCCUGGUUUUACAUGAUAAGAAUCUGGACUGUGUUUUAUUAUUUUAUGGCUCGUGUGAGUGUGAUUGGGUGCGUUUCUUUAUGCGUGAGAAUGCCAAUCAUCUUCAUCAGUAAGUCUUGCAAAGAAGGAGGUGGUCGUCCUUAUUCCGACACGACUGUGCUUCUCUGGAACGGGGCCACCUGGUCUCAGCCUGUCAGAAGCCAGUGCUGUGGUUGGACCAGCGCUUGUGGUUCGUACUGUGUUAGCAACCACCGUCAGGAAACUUUGAAAAAAUAAAGGUUUAUUACUUACGAGACCUGGAAAUUACAUAGUACACCGGGGGCCACACAGCGAGGUCUCGGGUAGAGAGAGAGAGAAUGUGGGCCUGGGGUUAUGCUUUUGUUGGGGUCGAGGGUUUCAGGGGCUCACUCUUUAUUGGUGAAUUUAAAACAUAAGAGCAGGAAUUUAAAGCCAAGGAAGAAAAAAAAAAAGUGGUCCAAAUGGUCAGUUAUCAAACUCAACCAAGAUUUCUAAAAUAAAUGAGCCUCAGUGGAGGAAGGUGGCCUGGCUCUUUAUCUCAUCGAGCGGCUGCCAGUGUGUUUAUUUGAGAUAGCCGUGUUUGAAGUGGACGCCUCUGCAAUCAAAGCUUAAGACAGGUACUUGCAUUACAGAAAAGAAGAAAACAACUGUCGGGGCUUAACACUACCCCGGGUAUUGUUGUGUAGGUUGUGCACUGCACAAGGGUACCUGGCUGCAAGGGUGUGUCCUGGCAUUGACUGUCUACCCCAGGAGGGGGACACCUUUUUCUAAUUUGCAAAAAGACAUGUAUAAGUCA